GGCAGCCGCGCCGCUGCUCGAGCCGCCAGGGGCGGUACGUGGUGGCGCCGCGGGGCCGCCGAGGCCGCGGGAGCUGGCGCUGUCCGGGAUGCGGAGCUGCGACGCGGUUGUCAGUGUCCGCGAGUGCGAGAGGCUCCCGCCGGGGAGCCUCGCUGGAGGAUGGAGGCGGGUCUGCGACUGCGCGCGGGGCCCUGAGGACCCGAGUCCAGGGGUCACUCCUUAGCCGUGCCUCGGGGACCAGAUGUGAUGCUGGGGAUCAAGUCAAGGAUGACUGCAUGCAAGACUAACCAUGGCUGCAGGAGUCUUACCUCAGAAUGAACAACCAUUUUCUACCAUGGUGAAUAGCAGUGGGUAUGCCGCAAACAUGGAAGGACAUUCGGGACGCCCGGCACCCAAGUACACGAAAGUUGGAGAGCGUUUGCGACAUGUCAUCCCCGGACACAUGGCCUGCUCCAUGGCGUGCGGUGGCAAAGCCUGCAAGUAUGAGAACCCAAGCCGCUGGAGCGAGCACGAACAGGCCAUUAAGGGGCUCUACUCAUCCUGGGUGACUGAUAAUAUCCUGGCCAUGGCCCGCCCAUCCACCGAGCUUCUGGAGAAGUACUGCAUCAUCGAACAAUUUCGAAGCCAUGGCAUAAAAACAAUAAUCAACCUGCAGCGCCCUGGAGAGCAUGCCAGCUGUGGGAACCCCCUGGAGCAGGAGAGUGGCUUCACCUACCUUCCUGAGGCGUUCAUGGAGACCGGCAUUUAUUUCUACAAUUUCGGGUGGAAGGAUUAUGGCGUGGCGUCCCUCACCACCAUCUUAGAUAUGGUGAAGGUUAUGACAUUUGCCUUACAAGAAGGAAAGGUUGCUGUCCAUUGUCAUGCAGGACUCGGGCGAACAGGUGUUUUAAUAGCAUGUUAUUUAGUUUUUGCGACAAGAAUGACUGCCGACCAGGCAAUCAUCUUCGUUCGAGCAAAGCGACCCAACUCCAUACAGACUCGAGGACAGCUGCUGUGUAUCCGGGAAUUUACUCAGUUUCUGAUUCCCCUGCGCAACAUUUUCUCCUGCUGCGACCCCAAAGCACACGCUGUCACCUUGGCACAGUACCUCAUUCGCCAGCGGCACCUGCUUCAUGGCUACGAGGCGCGGCUUCUGAAGCAUGUGCCCAAAAUCAUCCACCUCGUUUGCAAGUUGCUCCUGGACUUAGCUGAAAACAGGCCCGUGGUGACGGAGGAAGUGGCACCAGCACCCGGCCUCUCUGCUGAAAUUGAAAAGACGGUGUCUGAGAUGGUGACGAUGCACCGGGACCAGGAGCUGCUGUGGCCUGGUAGUGACACGUCUGACUCCUGUACCCCUUCCCUGGUGACAGCAGACGGUGAAACUCAGGGUAUGAUUCUUUCCAACGAGCACGAGUUCGACCCUCUUUGGAAGAGGCGGAAUGUCGAGUGCCUUCAGCCCCUGACUUGUCUGAAGAGGCGACUCAGCUACAGUGACUCAGAUUUGAAGAGGGCUGAGUGGCUUCUGGAGCAAGGGGGCACUCCGUGGACGGCACCUGUCCACUCCUUGCUUGACCCUAACUCCCGCCAGCAGAAGCCCCUAAGCCAUUGUUGCACCCCCCAGACUCCCCACGUAGACUUGUGUAAGGAAACUCUGAUCCAUAACACAUUUUCUUUCUGGAAUCAAGCCAAAUUUGGCGGCACGGAGGGACUCAAAGAUGACAGGUCACCAGUUUCUUAUCGAAAGAGUAAUCAAAAGGAAGUUCCGCGAAGUCGAACUUUCUCUUCGGGUAUUUCGUGUCCAUUCAACCCUGAGGAGUCAGGGACACCCAACUGUGCACAUUUCCAAAAAGAGCCAAACCGUUCUCACCAGCAAAAGCUCACUGGCCUGUACGAAGCCCCAGGCCGGGCUUCUAGCUCGAACACAGGGGACAGGGAGGCCCGCUCCAUGCCUGUGGAUUCUGGCUGUAGUUCCAAAUCACAGGUCUUGGCUGGAUCUGGACCACAGGGCAGCAAAGACCUUUCUGAACAGUCAGAAUUGAGUGUCACUGCAAGGAGAGUCCUGGCGGCCAAAGCCCUAGCAAACUUAAAUGAGUCUGCAGGGAAGGAGGAAGUGAGGAGGAAGGUCGAAAUGUGGCAGAAAGAACUAAAUUCCCGAGAUGGAGCUUGGGAAAGAAUCUGUGGUGAAAGGGACCCUUUCACCCUCUGUAGCUUGAUGUGGUCGUGGGUGGAGCAGCUGAAGGAGCCUGUGAUCACCAAAGCCGACCUGGACAUGCUGGUCAGCGCACGCGCAGAGGCGGCCGAGGCACUAUUCCUGUUGGAGAAGGGUCAGCACCAGACCAUCCUGUGUGUGCUGCAUUGCCUUGCCAGCUUGCGGACGCUCCCAGUGGAUGUGGAGGAAGCUGUCUUGGCCCACAGCAUCAAGGCUUUCACCAAGGUUAAUUUGGAUUCUGAAAAUGGACCGGUAGUUUAUAACACCCUGAAGAAAAUAUUUAAGCACACACUGGAAGAAAAAAGGAAACUGACAAAAGACAGCCCCGUGCCUGCCACUUAAUGCUGUCGCCUCGAAUAUUUCACCCUAAAGGUCAGGCAGCACUUCUGCCCAGCGGUCAGCAAGUCUGGGGCAACUGUAUCAUGCAGCACUUUAUUUCAGAUACUCUCCGUUUGUGCGAAGAAUGCUCAUUCCUCUCUGUAGCCAUUAUUUAUUGGAAUAAUCUCUUUGAGCUUUCUUUUCGUUGAAAUUGCCCAUUAAGUGGGUACCACUUUUCUUCACUUAACUGAAUUAAUGUAGUAACCGCUGUA